AGAGCUGGACAUGCCGGAAUAGCUGGUAUGGCUGCACGGAAAACGCACCGGGGAAACAAAAUAGGAACGUAAAGGUAUCGUUUGCUGUCCUAAAAUUGGAAUGUUGCAUUUUUGUUAUAAAAACUGCAAUUAAAGGGAUUCGGCGUGUUUUCAGGACACGAUACACGGGGAUGUUGCGAUGGCAUGCGCAAGAAGAACAAAAACUUUGGUUUCAACAUGCGUAAUCUUAAGCGGCAUGACAAAUAUCGUGUGUCUGCUUUAUGUCGGAUGGAUCACGAAUUACGUUUCAAAUGUGAACAUCAAAGUUCCAGAGAGGGUUCCGGGGAGAAAGUUUGACGAGGAUAAAGGAGAGACGCUGCGGAUCAUUGAAAGACUGGACAGACUGGAGAAUGUUGUUAAUCAACACAUCCAAGAAAGGCCUCUGAAAGAAGGAGAGGAUGUGGGAGAGUUUUCCCUCUUGGCCUCUCCGCUGUUCUCGCGCUGGGGUCACGACCUGGGGCCGGAGAGCCAGCGGGCAGCGCUGCAGAAGUUCCAGUACUACGGUUACAACGGUUACCUCAGCGACCGUCUCUCUCUGGACAGGGCCGUUCCUGACCUUAGACCAGAUGGGUGCAGAAACAUCACUUACCCCACCGACCUUCCCCAAGUCAGUGUUGUCUUCAUCUUCGUCAACGAGGCCUUAUCCGUCAUCCUGCGCUCCAUCCGUUCAGCCAUGCGGACGACGCCCUCCCGUCUUCUGAAGGAGAUCGUGCUGGUGGACGACAACAGCGACAGCGCUGAGCUGGGGGAAAACUUGCAGAGGUUUGUUGAUGAGACUAACCAGCGUCAUCCUGACUUCAUUAAGGUGGUGCGUCAUGCCAAGCGGGAGGGUCUGAUCCGCGCCCGCGUCAGUGGGUGGAGGGCCGCCACCGCGCCCGUGGUGGCGCUGUUUGAUGCCCACGUGGAGUUUAGCGUUGGCUGGGCCGAGCCGAUCCUCCACAGGAUCCAGGAGGACCGCACACUCAUCAUCUCCCCUUCCUUCGACAACAUCAAAUACGACACGUUCGAGGUAGAGGAGUAUCCUCUGUCUGCGCAGGGCUUCGACUGGGAGCUGUGGUGUCGCUACCUGAACCCUCCCCGGACCUGGUGGACACAGAAGAACCACACUGCACCCAUCCGGAGCCCGGCCCUGAUUGGUUGCUUCGUGGUGGAGCGGAGGUUCUUUGAGGAGAUUGGUCUGCUGGAUGAAGGCAUGGAGGUCUAUGGGGGAGAAAAUGUGGAGCUGGGGAUCAGGGUGUGGCUGUGUGGGGGCAGUGUAGAGGUUCUUCCCUGCUCUAGAAUAGCCCACAUUGAGCGUGCUCACAAACCCUACACGGCGGACCUGGCCACCCACAUGCGCAGAAACGCCCUGCGUGUUGCUGAAGUGUGGAUGGACGAGUUCAAGGACCAUGUCUACAUGGCCUGGAACCUUCCACUCCAGGACUCAGGAAUCAGCAUUGGUGAUAUCACAGAGAGAAAGCUCCUGAGGGAGAGGCUGCAGUGUAAGCCCUUCCACUGGUUCCUCCAGAAUAUUUACUCUGAAAUGAGAACAUACACCGACACCAUCGCCUAUGGUAUGCUAAAGAAUGACUUGAGGCCGGAUCUGUGUGUGGACCAAGGGCCAGACUCUGACAACAUCCCUAUCCUGUACCUCUGCCACGGCAUGACUCCGCAGAAUGUGUACUACACCAGUUCUCGGCAGUUACGCGUAGGCAUGUUGAGUCCAACCAUCGACGACGACGAUAACAAGUGCCUGGUGGACGUGAACGGGCACCCGCGGCUUCUUGAGUGCAGCUACGCUGGGAACAAGCGUAUGAAGCUUUCUUGGCUAUUUACUCAGGGGGGAUCCAUACAGAACAAAGAGUCAAGCCGCUGUCUUGAGGUGGUUCAGAGUGGCGAAGCAGAGUACGGUUAUAAGCUCACCUUAAAGAAAUGCACUGACCAAAAAUGGACAAUUACCAACAUACUGACUGGUAAAUUUCUCUGAGAUUGUGAAACAGUGGUGAAUUUCGAUAUGACACUGGAUUUUUGAUUAAACAAGACUAAAGCAAACUUUUUCCCUUUAUAUACCAAGGCCAUGUUUAGAAAGGCAUUCAAAUCUGUUUUUUCCUCAUAUCUAGUGCUAUGUGUAUCUUGAAUUCUUAAGUAAAGUGUGACAUGGAUGACCUUGUCAGCCCAGCAACAUUAUGCUGACACAGCCCUUCCCACAAAGAAUAACAUGUUGAUCAUUUAUGUAAACAGAAAUCAAGCCACAAUACAAGAAAAAUCUAUUCAAGCAUCGUUGUUCUCUGUCUAAACAUGGCCUUGGUGACUGGCGAGUACUAUGUUAUGCUACUGGAACCUGUAAGCACCUUGAUGUCUUUGUCAAUCAACUGAAAUACAUGGUAAAAAUCUCUUUUAUACAGAAUUGAUUUAGAGCAAUUAGUGAGUGUUUUCAGAAUUGCUUGAAUGUAUUUUAAGAUUGUAUGUCAUACAGCUGUAUUGAAUGAGUAUUUUUGCUACUGUGUAGCAUGUGCUUGCAACAUUCCCAUGUUCGUUUUGUCUGUUUUUUUCCACCCUCUUGGCAUCUCAGGUGCGUAGCUAAUGCAUAUGAUGAAAUUCAGUUCUACAGUU